CCUCACAAUAUUACAAUCGUUGAAAAGACACCGAAACCGCACUUGUAACGGAACCUUUCGCACAUGAUCUCAUCACCAUCAUCAUCAGCAUUGGCUCGUUGGUCAACCAGAAUCCAGCAAGCAAAACUCGGUUGACAACGUUUUUUUUUUAUUUUUGGUUUAAAUUUACAUCCCCGACCCGGUCAUAAAUCAGUUCAAGCUACCCUGCCAAAUCUCACCAGAAGCAAUAAAUCGAUCCGUACGAGCGAUGAUGAAAAUGAGGCGAUGAUUGGCCGCACCACAAACGAACUGCCGCGCUGCUCUCCAUACGGUUUUCUUCGAUAACGGCUACGACAGGAUCGGACAGGAAUCCAUCGAAGGGACGUCCAUCAACCCGGCAAGAAAAAAAAAAUUUGAAACCAACGACCACGCAUCGCCCAUUUUCGCGUAACGAUAUGCCAUUCCGCCGUCGUCCCAAAACGGCGCGUAUCAAUUUAAAAACAUUUAAAUUUCGGUAAUCUGGAUCGCGGGUUCCAUCCUCCACUUCCACCUUCCAUUCGGGUCCAAUUGACGGCAGCGGCAGCGUAAAACGUGCGGCAUUCACAGUGAUUCAGUUUUUCUGCCCGGUCUGCGCAAAGUGCAAUCGGACAUAUUUAUGUUGGAAAUCAUCGCGAAUGGCAUAAUGACUUCAUCGGCGGGCAUGGACAUUAGUGAAUCGUUUCGGCCCGAAGAUCUGGGGAAGACGGAUUUUUUCGAUUUCGUAACGGGAUCGGCCGGGGGAGGAGGGGGUGGCUCUUCAGCUUCAGGGUCCGGAGGCGGGAGUGCAUCGGAAAUGACGGUGGUCGUCAAUGGGGUGGGAAGUGGGGUUGUGGUGCCAUCAUCGGCGGCCAUCGUGCUGUCGGAUCGACCCCCGGGAGGUGGCCCCGGAGGUGGAGGCGGAGGCGGCGCGGUUGCUGUCAAUCGAAAUGGUCCGGAAGCCGUUAAUGGAAGCUCGUCGACGGCAUCGACGCCAACGACGCCGACGCAGCCGGGCAGUGGGAGUGGCAUCGUGGGCAGCAGCAACGGCAGCACCUCCAACAAUUCCUCCAACAACGGGGCCAACAACCAACAACCGCUGCAAGGAUUCGACCAGUUCUGGGGGCCCGACAAGGACGCUAACCGUCUCGAUCAGUCCAUGUUCGAUGACAUCAACCGCUACUGUUGGAUCCAGCAGAAUAACGGAACGAACCAUGCGGGGGCGGCCGUUGAGAACACCGUUACCGAUACCGAUGGGCAGAUCUACACCCUGACGGUACUGAACGGCGCUCCGGAGCCGUGGGUCCUUCGGAAGGAACCAACUGCCACCGAACCUCCGCCUCCUGCAUCGAAUCUGGAUCUCGACACGAUACUCGGUGGUUUUCCUGGGUAUGUCAAGACCGAGUGUUACUCCUACGACGACAGUGGCUUCGGGACGGAUCAUCACGCCAAGGACGAUCAAUCCCAACAGCAACAGCAGCAGCAACAACAACACGAUCUGCUAGCUAGCCAACAUCUUCACCAACAAGUACAACAAAUACCCGUUACAUCUACCAACAUUGUGCUGUCCAACAGCCUGAUGGAUCCGAACAGUGUGAUAGCCUACCAGAACAACAACAACGACUGGCAGAUGUCGGAUCACAACGUGAUAGAGCACGAGACGCCCGAGUCCUUGCUGCGAAGUGCCCUCCAGGGGAAAGGUUAUACCAAGGGAUCCCCGGUGCAGCUACAGAACGGCAUCACAGUCAUACCCGCAGGUCAAAUCAAAGAGGAAGAACUUCGGAGGGUACUUUACCCGGGAGAGGCCGAGUCGCUAGGCUACGCCGAUUCCACCCUGGUGAAUCCGCUCUUCGAAGAUGCCACGAUGCAUUCGCCCAACUCCAAUCACCCGCAUCACCACCAAUCGCUCACCCCGAAUGUCGGGGAUCUGGGCUCGGGCGUCGUAGUCGACGACAUGUUCCUUACGCUCGAUUCGGCCUUCACCGAAGACUACGAAAAGUUGAAACGGAUCGCCACAGAAGUCCAGCAGUUUUGUACUGAUAAUAACUACACCGAAAUUAUCGUCGAACCCGCUGCCAUCAACAACCAACAACACCACAAUCCUAACAACCUUAUCAGUAGUAAUAACGGUAACAACAACAACAACCUAGUGAUAUCGAGUGCAAACAACACCAACCAUCACGUCAUUUCGACCACGACGUCCUCCGAUGUUGUCACGACAACUUCCACUGCCAAGGUGAAAGCACCUCGAUCUUCCAAGAAGUACAAGCGAUCUCUCAACAAUAACAACAACAACAACAGUGCAAACUCCUCCGCAACCGGAAACCCCAGCAUAGCAGCAGCGGUCAACAACAACAAUAACAGCAGUAUGAGCAACCUCAACAACACUUCCGGCUCGCUACUGAACACGACCAGCCACAGCAGUGCCAACAACCCCAGCCCUACCCAUUGUAACGGUCAACGGAAGGAACGAUCGCUACACUACUGCUCGAUCUGUUCCAAGGGCUUCAAGGAUAAAUACUCCGUCAACGUGCAUAUCCGGACCCACACCGGCGAGAAACCGUUCGCCUGUUCCCUCUGUGGCAAAAGUUUUCGCCAAAAGGCCCACCUGGCCAAACACUACCAAACGCACAUGGCCCAGAAGAACCCAUCCGGCAGUGUGAAGGCCAGCAAACAGAACCGAGCGGUCGCCGCCGUUGAUCAGCAACAGGCCGCAGCUGCUUCCGUGAUCCUUCCUCCGCCACCACUUGCGGUUGUGUCCCAGCAACAACAGCAGCAGCAACACCAGCAAUCGCAACAACAACAACAACAACCUGCCACGACAUCACUUCUACUCAAUACUGCCACCAUCGUCGCUGGACGGUAAUCCACAGAUUAGCUCUCUCCAGGUGGAGAGAUCGUACUACACCCCAUGUCACUGCCCCCUUCUUAAAGUUUAUGUUCGAAUACCUACGUUUCCUUUUAGGUUUUCGUUCGUGCGUUGCAAGCCAGACUCCAACAUGUUUAUUAAACAUCAUGAACAUAAGAUUCGGAACAUUGUCGGUUACAGACUUUUUUUUAAUCAAAACUUGAUAAUUGAAUUAUGUAAACACUAACUUUAGAACUUUAGAACUAACUUUAGUGACUAGGUGUUCAAAAAUUCUCCCGUCUAUCUACGGUUUCUAUUGUUUCUAGGGAUCGAUUUUUUUCUGUACCUUUUGUGUACCAUUGGAUGUUUAAUCUAUUGAAUUUAUUUUUUUAUUCUUUUAAUAGAUUUUCAAGUUUCUCAGGUAUAUGAUGAAAUCUACAAAAAAGGCUAGGCACAAUUUUCCCGUUUGUUUGGAUAACGUUCCGCUUUUAAGCCUAACCCUUUUCUGAUACCUGUGAAAACUCAGCCUGACUAACCGAAGAAAUAAGAAUAAUUUGAUUUAAAAACUGUCGAUUUAUUUAAAAACAAAAACAAAAAAACUCCUGGUAGAAUCGCUAUUGUGAAAACUCAGCUCGACUAACCGAAGAAAUCUCUGGUUUUCCUAUUGACCUGCAUCGAGAACCUACCGAGCCGAUGAUGAUGCUUACCGCGAGGACCUUGACUCACUGUGGACCGGUUUCUGAUCAACACGCUCAUUUUUUUUAAACUCAAAAUUAAGUAGUUUUGGUUCAAAACAGCACUUCGGUGGCAGCCCUCAACUUUGAGUUUGACUCGGCAAUCGCAAAACUAAGUUCUGAUAGGCAUACUCAAUACUAAGUUCGGCAGCCGAACUCGAAUUUAUUCUUUCUAUUCGAGGGUAGCUCAUUUUCAGGGAAUUAAAGGAUGAUUAAAAUUUGUUGUACCCGGAUGUUGCUGUUUCCUCCCGGUCAAAGAAAACUUCCGGAUGUCGCUUCCCACGGGAAGUAAAUAACAUCCGGAAGUUUCCGGACAUUCCAAGCCGCUCACCAUAUGAUGACAAUGACGGACAGAAUUUUAUGCUGACACGGUGAACAUUUUAUUAUGAAUUCUUUCAUAGUCUUCCGGUUAUUGUUCCGGAACGACAAAAUUUUGCGAAGUGUUCGUUGGUUGCUGUUCCGGUUCGAACUAAACUCGCUUAUUGUUUUCAGUCCACCAAAGAGAGUUCAAUUUUUAGUUCAUAAGGUCGAACUCAGCUUUGCUCCCUCGCCGAAGGAAAAAAAGGAUCAAUUUUGAGUUCGCAGUUCGAACUCCAUUUUGAACCAUCGCAAGGAGAAAAAAGGGGACUUAACUUUAAGUUCAUAGAAUCGAACUAUGUUUUGAGCCUCGGUCAUACUUAAUUUUGAAUUAAAAAAUGGAACGUGAACAUGACAGGUGGUCCGAGAGCCCGUGUGAGUCAGGGAGCGAGAGAUUAAUUCAUGCUAAUGAUACUAACAGAUCAACUCCUCACAAUUACUUUCGGCUCGAAAUGAGGUAAUUGGUUUUCACGUGUUUGGACCUCUUUCUUGAACUGUGCUUGCCCAGCCAACGUCGGCCUGUCGGCAUCUGAUUUGCCUGCCAGAUUAAGCUCGAGAUCGACGGUUUUUUAAGACGAUUUUUCGAUGCCUGGCCGCGAGUUCACCACCACCACCACCAGAUUCAGCAAACUUCCAACGAGACUGGUAUUGGUCACAAUUGAUGAAAGUUCCCGUUUCCUCUUUUUAUUUUAUAUAUCCGAUAUCCAUCGGAAUUCUUGACCCAUUCGUAUUGCUCAGGUUUAACCUCUCUAGCAGCUUCUCGAUGUAAGUUUUUUGACCCAGAUUGAAACCUUUCUUCGAUCGGAUCACCUGUAUAACAAAGAAACUACUUCACACCUCCAAGUGGCGUCUGCAAGUAUUCGAAGACCUAUUGGUACUCGGAUUCACUGGAUAUUGCGACCAACAUAUCGUCCACAUAUACGAUGAUGUAGACCAUCUUCCCGUUUCGAUGCCGAACACAGAGGCACGUCUGCUUCCAACAGUUUGAAUUCAGCUUUCCGCAUCACAUCGUCCAGUUUGGGGUUCCACAUUUAUGCCGACUGCUUCAGACCGUAUAAAAUUUUGAUCAGAUGUCACACCUGUCCCUUCGCAGCAGGAACACCAGGCGAGGCUUCAUGAAGAUGACUUCUUCCAAACAUCCGUUUAAGGUAGGUUGUGUACAUGGACGUACAGGUGUUUCCACCAGACGACAUUUGUGCCGGAUCAUCCUUCCGAACUUGUAGUCCUUUUUUCGAAAAUCUAUCGGAAGGUGAUGAUGAGCAAGCUCCCAAACGCUGUUCUGAUGGAGCAAUUUGAGUUCGUCGGAUAUGGCUACUUUCUAGCGUUUUCAGUCCGGACAACCCGAGGCUUGGGAUCAGUCGGUGAUGCUUGAGCGAUUGCCAAUCGAAACCGCUGCGGUAAGACAUCCUUCGUCGUUCGUUCGAAACGCCGCUUUUUGCUGAUCACAACCUUUCCAGUAAAGCUAGCUCCAAAUAGAAUUGUAACAAAAGCAAUUGCCUGUAUUUCAGUUUUUUUUAUAGAGUUCAAGCAUUUUUUUAUACAAAUGUAGCGUUUUCUUCAAACUGUUAAGAAAAAAUACCAAUAAAACUAUUCGUCACGGUUUCGAAGGGAUUCUUGAAUUUUUCCUGUAACACGGCUCAUUAGGCGGCGCACACCUUCUUCGUCCAUCAUUUCAGCUAAGUAUCUUAUUCCACCAGGUCUUCACCUGAUUGAUGUCUUUGACAACCUUUCCCUUUGCCUUGAGUCUCCUCUUCAUGAUUGCCCAGUAUUUCUCAAUAGGGCGGAACUGAAAGCAAUUGGGUGGGUUAAGGUUUUUCGGAACAAACUGAACCCCUUUCUUUGCAUACCAUUCUUGAACGACUUUGCUGUAAUGACAGAUUCCCAAACCUGGUCAAAACAUUACGGGAUGGUCGUGGGAUCGAAUGAACGGCGAAAUUCGUUUUUGGAGACACUCUUUUUUUUAUUUAGUUCAUCUUUGGUUGGAAUACCGUACAGACUAACUUGAAACUAAGAAAUACAACUUAAUCCUAAUUUUAAUCUACGUUUUCACAUAUCGAAUUUAGAAAAUGGUACACUGAGUUGAAACGUGUACAACAUUUAUCUAUGGGAUGGUUUCGGCCAUAUACAGUACGGUGAAAAGGUAUACAGAGGAACUGACGUUGUCGUAGUGUCCUCGUGGAUAUGUAUAGGUUGACGCGUUCUAGUACGCGAGCAAAGUCAACACGAUUAGUUAAGACAUCAAAGAUAAAUGCCUGUUGUAGCUCGGGACGAUGCUUUUCGAGAGAAGCAAUGCGUAUCAGAGCACACCUUUGCUCGUACGGCGGAAGUCGAAGUGGUUCGUUCCAAGGAAGGCGCCGGACAGCGUACCUAACGAAGCUUCGCUGGACACCUUCAAGUCGGUAGCAGUGUGGACUCUGAGUAGGAGCCCAUACCUGAUCGGCGUAUUCCAUAAUGCUACGAACCGAAGAGCAGUAUACUGCUUUCAGAGCAUAGACGUCGUCGAAGACUUCCGUGCUACGACGCAAAAUUCCUAAUGCAGCAAAACCCUUCGCAGACGUGAGCGCGAUGUGUUCAGCGAAUGUUAGUUUGCUGUCAAUUUUCACUCCCAGGUCGAGAAUGGACUUGACAUUCUCCAAUGUUGAUCCCGAGAGUUGAUAUUCGAAGUUGGCUGUGUUACGUGCACGAGUGAAGUUGACUAUUUUACAUUUUUUGGCGUUUGCAGUCAUUCAAUUUCAGCGACAUCAGUCUUCUUUUCUGCCGAUGUCGUUUUGUAUGGCAAGACAGUCAACGGCACUGCUUAUUCUUCUGAACAGCUUCAGGUCAUCAGCAUAAAGCAGAGUGUGGGAUUGAAAAGUAUUACAUAGGUCAGACACUCUUUUGGGUAUACUUCCGACGUCUUUGUUAUUUGUAACGAAAAUUUUCGCUUUAUGCCACAGCUGCAAAUAGCCUGCUUAAUCAUAAAUUUUCGUGCAAAUUUGUCAGCAAAAACAAAUAUAAAUUUUGCUGAAACAUCCACCCCCGUGUUCCAUUAACUUUCCAAGUGAAAUUUUUUACGUGGGAUUUGCCCGAAGUCAGCCUUGACAUAGGUUUUAUCGUCCAUCAGAAGAAACCUGUCGAAUUUGGUGGUAUAGCUUCCGAGCACGGAUUGUGGCCACACUAUUCUGUUUUAUGGUCCGAUUUGGCUGUUUGCUAGCUCGAUACGACUUGAUUCCUUCCCGGAGUCGAGUUCUCCUCACAGUACUAUGGGCAGCACCGAAUUUUUUGGCCAAAUCACGAUCAGACAGAUUUCAAUUCCUCUUAAUCGUCAUCAAAAUCUUUCCACACACUUUCCGGUCGACAGUUUCACUCCGACGAUUGGCUUGAGGCUCGUUUGUUCCGAAUGUUUGCUUAUACCGUUUGAUAACGCGCCAUACGGUAUUUCUGGGCAAUUUCAGCUGUUUAGCUAGCGUAGAUGCAGACCACAAUGGAUUUUCCAAAUAACCACAAUUUUUCCCCUUAUUUCGGCUUCCAUGUUGAUUGUUUACAAAGUACAGUCGAUUUGCGGAAUGUCAAAAACACAUACUUAAAGCUGACAAAAUUCCCGACACGUGGGCACCAAGAACUUCCAAAUCUGUCCACCAGGAGCGCCACAAUAUGAGUAAAAGUUUGUUCCAAUUCUAAAUUAAGGAAGCUCUAGUACGGGAAUCCAGAGAAACUGGCGUUGUCGAAGUGUUCUGGUCGAUACAUAUAUGUUAACACGUUGUAGAAUAGAUGAGAAGUCAAUUCGGUAGGUUAGGGUAUCGGAAGUGAAAGUUUGCUUCUAUUUGGCUGGACGCUUUUCGAGUGGCACUCGAAAUUGAUCAUUCCAGAGAAGCGUUCGUAAGGCGUAUCUAAAGAAACUUCGUUGAACUCGUUCGAGGCGGUAAGAUUGGGUGUUCUGAGAAGGAGCCCAAACCGGUACGGCGUACCUACUCCAGGAAGCCUCGCACUGAAGAGCAGGGCAUGAAGGGUUUGAGGGCAUAAAUAUUGUCGAAAUCAGUAGUGAUACGGCGCUAAAAUCCGAGAGCAGUGAAACUCUUUGCGACAGUAAACUGCAAUGUGUUCGGAAAAUGUGAGCCUGCUGUCCACUUUAACACCUAAAUCAACAAUACAAUACACUUCACGUGCUCACACCAGACAGUUUGUAGUUUUAAUGGACAAUGUUACAUCUCAGCGUGAGAUCCGUGGAGAGAUGGUGUACAGCCGGUCUCCGGCAAACAAGUCUAAACAUGUGCUGCAUUUCCCUUUCCUCUAUCGACUACACGGACUUGGCCGGCGUCGUUAUUGGUUCUUAUCAAAGUCUGAAAUUCACAAAACUGUAUACAGUGAGAUUGAAUUGCUUGUUCCUAGCAAUCUUUCAUUUGGCUCAUUGUGCAAUGUUAUUAUUUCGAGCCAAUCACGGAGUGCAACCAUUAUGCCAUUGGCCAUGGGGCCGCAGGUGGACCGUAGUUGAUAGCAAGCUCAAGCUCAAGUAAUGGACAAUGUUACGUGAACGUGAAAAAUUGACCACUUUACAUUUUUUGCGAUUGCCUUCAUUUCGUUUGAGUGGCGCCAGUUCUCAAGUUUACCAAUGUGGGUUUAUAAAAAGUUCUAGAUCGUCGGUCGUCCAUGAGCUCACAUGAGCGCGUCAGAUUGAAGCAUUUUACACAAGUCGUUCACAAAGAUAACGAAUAAGAGGGUUCCGAGGUGAAUUCCUUGGGGUACUCCAAACGGCAUGGCGAAUUUCCUCGAGUGUAAGUUUUUUGCUUGACGAUGUGCAAGGUACGACGCAAUCCAUUCCAGAACCAGGUUGGAAAACCAAAUCGAUCCAUCUUAGCUAUCAGUAAUUUGUUCGAAACCCGGUCAAAAGCCUUCGCGAAGUCUAUGAAAACAGAAUCUACUUGACACACUUUUUCCAGAUUGUUGCUAAGCGAGCUCACGCAACACAUCAAGUUGGUGACAGAUGAUCUUUUUUCACGAAACCAUGUCAGCGAUGGAAGGUUUGACGGCAGCAUAUAUACCUUCACGCUAUAAAACUUCGAAGACUUCAGAGAUCGCACUGAGAAUCGAAAUCGGUCGAUAGUUUUCGACACAGUGUGCGUUCGUUCCCUGAUCACGACCAUCUUGUGUCGUGAGGCACCGGACAUCUCUAGUUUUCCUGUCGAUAAAACGCCACGCUUUGUGCCGCUGAGAGUAAGGUUUAAGAAAUAAUCGAGUAUAUCCGUUUUCAGCAAACGUACAAUAAGCAAAAAAGUAUAUCCACCUCCAGCGAAAAACUAGAAUUAUCCCAAAAAACCCAACGGAAAAUUAAAACACUGUUAAUUGUUGUUAAGUUUAUUAUUGUUUAUGUUAAAACAAAGUCAAUUCAUUCAAGUUCCAAAUAAAAAAACAUAUUCUGUUGCAUUUGAGAUAUGAUGUUAAAAAAAAGAUAAAAGAUAACGCAAAAAAAGUUAAUUCACCCCUCUGGCUCACAUAGCUUUAGUACUUUGUGUGACCUCCUUUGGCUUCAAUAACUGCUUCACAAUGUCGUGGCAUCGACUCAACAAGCUUAGCAGUUGUUUCAGGGGUGAUUUUGUCCCAUUCAGUUGAGAUUACCUGCCGCAAUUGCUGGAUGCUUGUUGGUUUUUGCUCCUGAAACUUAAUUUUCAAAAUCGACCAGAGAUGCACGAUUGGAUUUAGGUCGGGAGACUGUGCUGGCCACUCCAUAAGCUUGAUACGCUUUUCUUUGAACCAUUGCUAAACCAGCUUUGAGGUGUGUUUCGGAUCUCCGUCUUGUUGGAACGUAUAUUUGCGCCCCAACUUUAGCUUUUGUGCAGACGCUGGUAGUUUCCGCUUCAAAAUAUCCAAAUAAACCUCCUUGGUCUUGAUUCCAUCGAUGAAUUCAAGUUCUCCAACGCCGGAUGACCAUGACUCUACCUGCAAAUGAAAAUCAAAGUUAAGCUCAGUUGGCUGAAAAAACAAUGUAUGUUAAGUAACGCACCACCGCCAUGCUUGACUGUAGGCCGCAAACACUCCUUUUUCAAACUUUCACCGGUUCACUGCCAUUUCCUUGUGAUACCAUCAGACCCAAAUAGCAUUACUUUCGACUCAUCUGACCAAAUUAUCUGACCAAAAUAUUCCAGUCAUCACUGGCCCAGGGCCCACUUCAAUCUUUUUUGAUAUUUUUAGCGGACAACUAUGGCUUCUUAAGCGCUACUCUGCCCUUAAGACCUUUCUUAUGAAGACGAUUUCGCACGGGUUGUGUUGUGAGUUGAAUGGAAAAUUCGCUUUCAAUCUGUUUCGCAAUUUUUGGAGCUGAUAGUCCCCGGUCCAGCUCUGCCUUCUUAACGAUAAAUUGGAUUUGGAUUCGGAUGCUGAUCUGAAUUUGGGCAUUUUUGGGCACGAAACACGAAACGAAAACUUCAAGAACGCUAAAUGACAGCUAGACACAAUGUUUACAUUCAAGAAAGCUGCAGGCUUCACACUUAUACAGUAUUUGUUUAUGCCGAGUGUUGCACUUGUGCACCACUAGGUGCAGUCAAACUGUUUGUUUAUUCGAACGGUGUUGCACUGGUUUUGACCUGGUGUUGCACUGCCAUCGGGCGGUAUUGCUCCGAAAAUUUUGUCAGGGUUGCGAGGGAGCGUGUGAGUGAGUGAGUGGCAACGAUUAGUGUUUGUAUUUGUCGGGUACGCUGGACCACUGAUCGAGGGGAGAAAACAAAUACGGUUUAAGACUUUGUAACACACUUAAAUCGUAGUAUCCAUUUGAGGGUGGAUGAACUUUUUUGCGUAUUUUUUACCCUUUUUCAUAAUUUAUCACAUAAAACCCCGAGAAAAGAUAUAAACGCCGUUUUUUCAAUGGCAAUAUAAUAAAUAAACAUAAAAUGAUAAAUUGUGGAGGAACAUUCAUGAAAUCAACUUAAUUUUCAUCAGAAAAACAUUACAAUUGUAAAUUUGUGAGGUGGGUGGAUAAACUUUUUUUGCAUACUGUAAAUGCUUCCGUUCUCGACAAUGAAAAUAAUUUUCAGUAAAAAAGUAAAUACCAUCUGGAGUUAAGCCGUUAUCUUCAAAGGCUCUCUUGAUACGUAUCAAAGCUUCUCCCGAUUUUUUGGUAUCCAUAAAGAGGCUGUAAUUGAUGGAUUCCACGCUCAGGAAUAUCGUAGCCAGAGCUCGAAGACUCAUCCACGGCUUGAUCCUCUCUCGGCUCCAUGGUGUACCAGGACUCAUUACUGAUAAGCGCCAUCUUCAUGGCGAACGCCCAGGUUGCGUAAUUUUCUCCAUCGGAGGUAGCGCGAUUUCAGAAACUUUUCCGUCAGCUGUAGUCAAUCUUUUUCGGCUUCCGUUCGAUCCUUCGCUUCCGUUGAACAUCUUGAAACUGUUUCUAUGAUACUUUCCGGAUCGGGUGGAUUAAGUUUGUGACCUAUUGGGCGGUUAAUGGAAGUACAACCGAUUCGAAACAGCGGAGAGCAAAGAACGAAAAUUCAUUUUUUCCUAUUUGUUGACAUAGCCUACUUUUCUUCUCAUAAGACCAAGCCCACCGCAAGUUGCUAUUUCUGUCGGUAUUUUAGAUGUUUUGAUUGGUUGCUUUUUUAUCUACUUACUUAUUUUCGCACCCAUUGUUGCGAUUCAGGUAGGUAUUUGUGUUUGUUUAUUUUCUGAUAGCGACUACCGGCUGCGUUGCUACCGGGUUGCUACAUAAACGCACCCUGUAACAACCUACUGCUCGAAUGCUAUUUCUCCAAUCAAGUUAGCAACUGUUGGUGCGAUGAUGGGUUGAUAAAUAUGUUGCUGAAUGUACUCGAUUCAAGGUUUAGCAACCAUUGGUGGGCCUGGUCUAAGAAACGACCUACAUCGCAGUGCUUAAACUGGAAUUAUAUUUUCUAAAAUUUCAAGUUGAAUAUCAUAGGUAAACGAAAAUUCCUUAAAAAAAAGUAGUUUCAGAACUCUUAAUUUUAAUCCACUAUACUUAGACACAAUUUUUAAUUCAAAUUUAGAAUGUCAUUUCUGUACCUCUAUUCUAGAAAAUCGUUAAAAAAAAUUAAUAGAAAAUUUGGAUUCAAUCAUUCAAUUCCUCAUUCUGAAUAACAACCAACAGUUUUUGGUUUUCAAAAUUAUAGUUAAGUCUGACUUGCAACGGAACUGAAAACCAGUAGAAAUAAAUAGAAAAACCAACAAUAUCACAUUUCAACCGUAGAAGAAACUUGUUCUAAAUUACAAACUACCCGAAGAAAUAAGAACCCGAUCAGAAAGUAUAUCAAUCGUUCCUAUUUUUAUGUAUUUAUAAACGCCGGAAGCCGGUUCAGAGUGAUGUACAGUUGGGAAAUUUGCCAACCUUAGGAAUCGUUGUCAAAAAAAUUAUUCGAAAAAAAAGCGUAGAAUCAAUAUUAAAAAGACAAACAAAAAAAACAUAACAAACGAGAUGAAAUUUGUACUGUGAUUUUAUUUCUCAUCAAUAGGCAACGAACGUACACUUACACAGAAUUAAAAAAAAGCACAAUACAAAAAGAAGUUUAACUCAUGUUGAAUGUUACGAUGAGAAAUCGAUAAGAAAAUAUAAGAAAUAUAAACAUAACUAAUCUAGAAAGCCUACAAUGACUUACGUUAAGUUUAUCGAAACUUACAAAGGUGUAUCAAACUAAAGGAAGAUGAUGAAGAAAAUUUAGAAACCGAGGUUAAGAGAAACAGCUUCUGUCCAUUCUUGCCAUUUUUAUUAAGAUAGUUUAAAUCUACAUAAGUCGUAAAAGAGGAAGACGCAGAAGAAAGCUUAAAUGAACUAUAUUUGUAACUUUGUUUAGUAAUUUUAUGCCCCCGUAGUUGUUAGGUCAAUUGUGUCUAUGUUUGUACAGAAAAGAAAAUAAGAAAUUCCGAAAACAAGCUGAAAGAUAUCCUUUCUGAGAUUAAGCUUGCUGCGAAAACCGUUUUCCCGAAAUGCUCAAACAAAAUAUCGACCGAAAUCCUUCCUCCCGGAAAGAAGUUCGGUUUUUGGAGAAUCAGAGAAUGAUCUUACUAUACCCUACUAUAGGAAAAAUAAACUAACUACGAAAUACUACUUCUAAUGUGUUCGACAGGCUACAAUUAAUGCUCAUACAUACAGAUGCACAUAAAAACAUAAAAAAAUACAAACACACUUACAAUCGUUACCGGAAAUGGCAAUCGGCUGGACAAAUGUAGCAAGAUGAGAUUCAAUAAUUAAUCUAGAAACGUGACAAAAGAGAUUAUCGGCUUAACGCUUGAAGAAAAAUUCGAAAAAAAAAAUCGAAUAUUUAGUAAAAAAAUAAUAUAAGACAAAAAGAAACCAUCAGGCCGUUGUAAAGCAAUAAGUUUAGCAUGGAAAUUAAUGUCCAAAAUAUGUGAUUUGUUCGAAAUGAGAUUGUUAUAAGUUUAUGUUUACUUUAUUAGUUUCGUUUGUUUUUUUUUUUUUUUCAUUUUUAGUUUCUGUUCUGUUCUGUUUUUCUUUGGAAAGUGAAAAAGAGUUUAACGCUUGUUUUGAAUUCGUGAAACUGAGUUUAUUAGCAAUUGUUUUCUUGAACCAGAUUUUUUAUUUUUCUCAUCCCUGCCCGAGUUCCGGUUCGAUCUUUCCCGAACAAAAGUGAGAACGGAAUGUCGAAAGGCGCGCGCGAAGAAAAAAUCAAACAAAAAGAGAAACAAAUCUACCCAGAGCGAAGUCUAUUUCAUCUGUUUUGUAGUUGAAAUUUAUUUAAACAUAAAUAAAGAGAAUAAAACCCGUUACACUGUAAGUGAUAUUACUUAGACAAAUAUUUAGUACUAUUUUUAUUGACCCCAGAAGAAAAGUUUAUUUUUAAAAGAACGAUUUGUAUGUUUUUUUUUCUAUUUUGUAAUAAUAUAUUAUAAAUCGUUUAGAGAUAUUUUUAUUUCCCAGCUCCCUCCUCGAAGCGAAACUUGUUGAGAUCAACCAUUACCCCGAAGAAUAGAUAAUUAAGCAAAAUAAGCCCUCCUCCCCGCCUUCAAAGUAUCCUCCCACACACUAGUACAGAGUUAUGUAAAUGUUUAAUUAGUAUCGAAAGCCCCCUCCGAGGUCCGAAAUGACCUUCCCGGAUGGGCGCGGCUAGUUUCCGUGUUUCAUUUUGUAAUCGUUCGUAACGUUCACAACAAUAGAUUGUAUGUAACCCUACUCAACAACAUGGCGUCGUCAUUGAUCGAUUGACGCUGAGACAAAUGAAUCAUCAAUAAAAAUGUUUGAA